CACAUUCAAGAACAUGUACUACCUCUGCAUGAUCUAACCAUGCCUUACCUAAUUAAUUUCAUUUCUGGUUUGGACAGGUGAAGUUCAAGGACCAUUGGCUAGAGUAUUGACUGUACUGCAUCAUUGGCUUAUUAAACACGGUCAGGUAUGAAACUGGUCAUAACAAAAUCACAUUUAUGUAUUUAUACACGCAUACAAGAGAGCUUUCAACUGAAUCCUAAAUGUAACAAGAUGCAGAGAAAUGUGUCCAAAGGAGAUAUUCGACUGUCUUUCUGUUGUAUUUUAGGAUUUUCAUAAUGUUCCAGCUCUUCAGUUGAGACUAAAAACGUUCAUCGACAAAGUGAAAGAGUGUGAAAAGACCACGGCAGAACAGAAACGGUUUUGUAACACCAUUUUACAGUAAGUAAGCUGCACUAAGUAAGAUGCUUUAUGCUCGUAAUACGGUGAUACAGUGCGCACGAGUUUACCUUUCCCUAUAUUUCAUUUACAGAACUCUGGAUAGAGACCCGAGAAGAGCAAUGGAUGAGAAAUUGUUUGAUAGGAUUUUCUUACGUCAGGUAAUGUUAACUGUUUUUUAUCUAACAUCAUUUACACUGGAUAGUUUUAAAUUGUUCUCCCUAGAGGUUCAGUAAGGGCAUCUCUUGGUGGUCACUACAAGAGAAAUGUGAAUAAAUGAAUUUAAGACAGUAGAAGGUUAAAGCCUAUUGUAUAAUUAUAGUGGGAUAUAAUAUUAAGAAUUUUUUUGUGUUUAGAUUCAAACGCCGUUAGAACCGGAGCUUAGUUUUGAUAAACUAUCCUCAAGUCAGCUCGCUGAACAACUAACAAUGACAGAACAUCUCCUGUUCUCAAGAAUACCUUCUUUGUAAGUAAACGUCAGUAACUACUUUGACUAGCUCUAUCAGUUCUAAACUGUUCUUCCUAGAGAUCCAGUAAGGAUAAUCUCUUAUUGAUCCAGUGUUAUUACAGGAGGAAACAUAAGAUAAACUAACUUUAUUUAUACUGGAUAGCUCUAUCAGUUUUAAACUGUUCUUCCUAAAGAUCCAGUAAGGAUCAUCUCUUAUUGAUCCAGUGUUAUUACAGGAGGAAACCUAAACUAAACUAACUUUAUUUAUACUGGAUAGCUCUAUCAGUUUUAAACUGUUCUUCCUAGAGAUCCAGUAAGGAUCAUCUCUUAUUGAUCGAGUGUUAUUACAGGAGGAAACCUAAACUAAACUAACUUUAUUUAUACUGGAUAGCUCUAUCAGUUUUAAACUGUUCUUCCUAGAGGUCCAGUAAGGAUCAUCUCUUAUUGAUCCAGUGUUAUUACAGGAGGAAACCUAAACUAAGCUAACUUUAUUUAUACUGGAUAGCUCUAUCAGUUCUAAAUUGUUCUCGCUAGGGGUCCAAUAAGGUGCCGUAUUAGUAUUGUGCAGUAUUACUACAGAGGGAAACCACUUUGAGUAAAUUUCAAUAGUUUGAACAUUUAUAUUCCCAUUUCUAGUGAGUUUCUGAACCUGUCUUGGAUGAAAACAGACAAAGAGAUCAAAGCACCAAAUAUUCUGAAAGUUAGUCAAAGAUUUAAUGAGGUAAGUGUAUCGAAAUUAGAACUGGAAAAGCUUUUAGAAGCAAUCGAAUUAAACCACACCUUUUAAUUAUUUUGUUUUCCUCCAAAUACAAGACUACCACUUAUGAUGAAACUAUUACCACUAUAUAAAACAUAACAGAACGGCGAACAUGCAGCAGAUUCGGCCAUCUCGAAUACUGGUAAUGUUGGGAUAGUAGCGUUGCAGACUGCAGAGGAGAGUGGGCAGUAAGGCUCCCUCAUGCACUAUCCCAUUGGAAAACCUGCACCCUUCCUUGCAGAUGAGGCUAGAUCCGCCCCUACUUUAUUGUUUAGGUAAGCAGGCUGGUGGCGUCAGAAAUUCUCAGCCGCAGUACAGCAUCAUCGCGGGCGGCAGCAAUAGAGAAAUGGGUAGUGGUAGCAGACGUGUGUCGUCAUCUGUGCAAUUUCAACGCUGUCCUGGAGAUUGUCUCAGCUCUCAUGAGCAGUUCUGUGUUUAGGCUCAAGAAAACCUGGGAGAAACUCUCAAAACAGGUAGAGGAAUUUUUGCUGGUUGUGUUCUUACUAUUUUUCAGAAUUAUCCUCUCAGAUAUGAAAAACUAUAUCAUUGUAAUUUCAGAAUUAUAGGAAAUAGUGACGUCUUUCGAGAAUAUUCUGAAAAAUUUCAUAUAUCACUUAUUGUGGAUUUUCUAGACAAAAGCUAUGAUUGGCAAGCUGCAAGAUUUGGUCAGCACUGAUGGUCGUUUUAAAAACAUGCGGGAGGCUCUGCGAUGGUACGUAGGUGGUAUAUAAGUUAAGAAAUAAACACACUUGGCUGCUGUGGUUUGUGUCUGAACUGCGUGAAAUUGUGGAUACCCAUGAUGUAUCACCAAAGGAGGGUUAUAAUUUAAGAAAUAAUUCAAUUAAACACACUCAGCUGCCGUGGUUUGUGUCUGAACUAUACCUGAAACAAACCAUGGCAGUUUACUGUGAAUAGCCUUGUUUGAGAUAUCACCAAUUAAUGUCUUCCUCCAUCUUAGUUCCAAUCCGCCAUGCAUUCCGUAUCUUGGCUUCUAUCUCACUGACCUGGCGUUUAUAGAGGAAGGAACGUCCGUCAAGAAUGAAAAUGGUUUGAUUAAUUUCUCCAAAAUGAGAAUGGUACGCUCUUGUUCUUAUAACCAAAUAUUUUAUUGAUGAUAUCUUACGCUAUGAUAUCUAAUGAAAACAUUUUUCACAGAUCGCACAAGUUGUCGAAGAGAUCCGUCAAUAUCAGGAAAUUCGCUACAAUAUUCAACACGACUCGAGGGUUAGUUGACUGUAAAUUAAACUAAUUUUAUUUAUACUGAAUAGCUCAAUCAGUUCAAAACUGUUCUUCCUAGAGGUCCAGUAAGAAUCAUCUCUUAUUGAACCAGUGUUACUACUACAGGAGGAAACCUAAACUAAACUAACUUUAUUUAUACUGGAUAGUUCUAUCAGUUCUAAACUGUUCUCCCUAGAGGUCCAGUAAGGAUCAUCUCUUAUUGAUGCAGUGUUUCUACAGGAGGAAACCUAAACUAAACUAACUUUAUUUGUACUGGAUAGCUCUAUCAGUUCUAAACUGUUCUCCCUAGAGGUCCAGUAAGGAUCAUCUCUUAUUGAUGCAGUGUUUCUACAGGAGGAAACCUAAACUAAAGUACUAAACUAACUGUACUGUAUUUAGUCUGGAUCGCUGUAACAGUUCUGAACUGUUCUCUCUUGAGGUCCAAUUAUAAUUAUAAUUCUCUUGGUAGGUCACAGACUAUCUGUUCAAUCAAGAAAUCCUGAUGGAUGAAAACUCGCUGUACAAAACAUCUCUAACGUGGGAACCGAAAAAACGCCCCUCUGUCAGAUUAAAGAAAGGAGACAGCCAGGAUUAAUUCAGUGUGUGGCCAGGGGAAUAAUUUUCAAACGUAUUUGGUUUGUGUCUGUUUUGGCGUGUCGUACUGGUUGCUUUUCAAAGCUGUUGGUUUUCCGUGUGUUGGUAGUAAAAUGGCUUCAAGUGUAUCUUUUCAAACGAACCAGUGUUUUAGAGAAAAAUGCCACGCAAAAGUUGACUUAUUUUAUGGACAUCCAAGACAACGGACUUUGUGUUUUGGACAGUGUGUACUCCAAAAACUGUCAGCUUUGGUGCACUUUUGUGCAGCCCAAUUUGUAAACAAGCUGUUUUUUGGCUUCGUAAAAUAUUCGUAGGAGUUUUUGUAUUUUUGAAUUCAGGCAAUCUGUCAUUUUUCAAAGAAAUUUAUUGUAAUUUAUUUAAAAGGUGAAAUAAAUAGAGAAUAAAUUAGUUGGUUGGUAUAGUAUACUCCAGUAAUACAUAGCUCUGUGCCAUAACUCCAGAAGUGUUACAGUAUAUAGCUCAGUGUGUUGGCAUUUUAUCCUCAGUCUGCAUUUUAUACCCCCAGUCUGCAUUUUGUACCCCGGUCUGCAGUCUGCAGUCCGCAGAUUAUACUGACCGGCUAUCAUACCCUGGAUUCCAGAGCCUUCGACAAUAAAUAAUAAAUUGAAACAUCGCGAAGGCUCUGGUUCAACGGGAAGAUUCUUUGAUUAAACUGCGCCAAUCACAAAACAGAAUUAGUGGUUUUAGUAAUCAGUACAGAUUCUGUACUAACAGCACUAAUUCUGUUCUGUGAUUGACACGGUUUAUAAAUCAAAGAAUCUUCCUGUUGAACCAGAGCUUUCGCAAUGUUUCAAUUCAUUAUUUACUGUCAAAGGCUUUGGAAUCCAGGGUAGUGCUAUCGUAACAAAAGAGGAACAUUUGUUUGCUUUUUGAAAUGAAAUAGAACAUAUAAUUAUAUCAUUUUAAUGACUUGCUUCCGAUUUUCAGAGAGGUCUUGGAAACAUUAUUAAUUGUUGAUACUUUUGAAAUAUUCAGCAACUUGCCGAUGAAAUUUUUAUAAAAUAUUGCCAUAAAAUAUAUAACAUUCUAAGACUAAGGCUAUAUAUAUAUUGAUACUAUUGAUACUAUAGUGCUGUUCCAACGUACAAUAAUGUGAAAAAAGAAAAGAAAAAAAGAGAUGAAAAAGUUUUUUCAUCAAGUGAGAAAAAUUUCCGGAGAAACUUUCCAAAAUUGUUGUCGCUCCAAUAUUGUUUAGGUCCAUUUUUUUAAGUAUUUUAUAAAGCGUAUGCUAUGUAUGUGCUAAGAAGCUAGUUUUGUUGGCAUGUGGAAAGCAAAAGUAGCGAAGGUAAAGAGAUUAAAAUUGGAUUUAGUGCGUAUUUUUGAAAAAAAAUUACCACAAAAUAUGGUAGUCCCCCCCCGUCGAUGACACUUGUGACGUCAAGUACAUACGGGACUUUGGACAAAGAUUAGAUACUAAGAUUAGAUACUAUAGUAUCUAAUCUUUGCUUUGGAGGCGGGUUUUGGCGGGAAAAUCUGUAAUGUUUGGAGAAGACAAGAUGGCGCUGGUUACCUCGUGUUAUAUCAAACGGCAUUUUUGUUCACAAAUACCCGCUUAUUUUACGUUAUAGUGACUGGUUCGUUUUGGAAAUUAUAACUCAGUGGACGGGGAAAAUGAUUCUGUAUUAAAGAGAAAAUGAUGUGCAGUUAUUGUGAUGUUAUUUGUUGUGAAAGACGGCCCGAAAUUUCGCUACUUCGCAGUACUGGUUUAUAAAACAUUUACAAGCAACAGCAAUUGAACUAUAUGACAAAGAAACCAAUGUAUACAAGCCAAUCAAGUUCUUCAGUUUAAAGGUCUGUUUACUUUUUAAUAAUUAGUUCAUUUAGUUGUACAUUAAUACGAAGUACUGGAACAGUACGCCUAGUCACAGAAUAGGAAGGUAUACCCAUUGAACUAAAAAUAACUGGAACGAUACCUCCAGCCGGAAAUGUGAAGCCAUGCCCAGGCCAGUGAACUCUCUCUAUAUAUAUAUCUGGAAUGAUAACAGCGAGCGAAAAGUGAAGCCGACAAAAAAAUCACGACAUAAGUAUUCGUCAUUGUCUUCGUCAUCAACUGUUCAAGAACUUUCUUACAGCACAGAAUACUACACAGAAGUCCAUCUCCAUUGUUUUUAGCGUAAGCUCUAUUCGUCAUGAUUCGUCACUCAGCAAGUACCGUAAACAGAAGCAGUCCCCCUCCUGGAAAUACUAAAAAUGGCGUAUGUCCAGGGGGGCGAUUGCUUCUGUUUACGGUACUUGCUGAGUGACGAAUCAUGACAAAUAGAGCUUACGCUAAAAACAAUGGAGAUGCACUUCUGUGUAGUAUUCUGUGCUUAAUACAGUAUUAAAAAUCACUUACAUAUAAAAUUUGUAAUUGUUUUGAAAGUUUUUAUCACAGUUUUUAUAUCUUUAUUCACUUUUAACCUGAAGAUGGAGUUAUACUCCGAAACGUAGUUAUUAAAAUAAUUUUUUACUGAGCCCAUAAUAUGGUCUAAUUUAUAUUCAAACACACGUACAUAUUCAUUUACAUUUUGCUGGCAGGCAAAUUCCCAUCACACAAUAAAUUCUUUAAAAAAUAACGUACCAGUGUAUUGACUAAAAACUAUAAAACUGGUAAACUAAAAAACAAUUCAAACAAUCGCGAAAAAUGGCAACGGCAAAGUCACAGUUAAUUGCAAGUCAAUUUACCUACCUGUGAAAUGAAAUUUUCUUGCAAGAAUAUCUCUUUCCUUGUGCAUCCAGAACGACAGUACGACACAAUAUAUUUGAAAAAGUGAUUCUUUUCUCCACACGGGGAAGUUUUCCUCGACUUUUUUCCAACAGCGAACUCAAUGCAGUAAAUUUUAGGAGCAAAACUGUUUGCUCCUACAAUGUAUUGCAUUGAGUUGGCCGUGUUUUUAAUUUUUUUUCGUGAUUGCGUUCAACUUUAUACUGGCCGUGCAACGGUUUGCAAGAGGGGGAAUGAAACUGACGUCCAAUCCGCGUAAACCUGACGUUUGAGGGACUGAGACUGACGUCCAAUCCGUGUGAAAGACUGGUAUCGAGGCUUCAUUGUUUUCACAAUCAAAUGACUGAAUGUUAUCAUUCCAGAUAUAUAUAUAUAUAUAUAUAUAGAGAGAGAGAGUUCACUGGCCCAGGCAUGCCCACUGUUGUCAUGCCCAGUGUUUUCACGUAACGGAAACACAGAAUAGAAAAUAGACCAGAAGCCUCACUUAGCCAAAAUUAUGUCCAAGAUUUUUUAUGCGCAGGCGCGAGCCAGCAAGUGUAAUCACGACGCCAUCACUAGGUAAUAAAGAUUGCUGUUUUAACCGUUUUGCUGACGAACACUGACGUGAUGUUCGCAGCAAGUGUCACACACGUCAUCUAGCGUGCGAAAUUCGUGAUCCGCAAGGCGAAAAUCGCGGACACGAAAAUGUUAGGAAAAGAUAUACAGUGAGGCUUCUGGUCCAUUUUCUUUUCUGUGACGGAAAUGAACGCGGGUUUUUUAAAUUUCCAAAACUGGGUAAAAAAAAUGCACUAAAACAUGAUUUAAAACGACGUAAAAUGCACCUACCAGUACAUUUUUUACAAUAAAAACAUCCUUCAAAACUCUAGAGUAAAAUAUUUUUAAUUUAUUUGUGUAGAAUUCAUAAUUAAAUUUCCUUUUUUGAAAAAAAAACGUUGAGCGAGGAGUGGAGCUUGCCGUGGUCUAAUCAUAAGUAUUUGUGUGAAUUUCCCUAUUUUGCUGAUUCGUUUUCCCAUUUAUUCGUCUGAAAGUUAGGAAAAAAGGUAUUCUAACAAGAUCAAACUACCAACCACAGUUUAAUUAUGUUUUGUAGUAGAGUAUUUAUUAAGUUUUAAAGGUACAAAAAAGAGAUGAAAAAGUUUUUUCAUCAAGUGAGAAAAAUUUCCGGAGAAACUUUCCAAAAUUGUGGUCGCUCCAAUCAGGCCUUAAAAUAUCUUUUACAGGGCCGUUUGACAAAAUGUCCGGUGACGUUGAGUUUGGGUCGGACAUAUGUCCGAUGACCUUCAGUUCAGUUUUGACUCGGAAAUAAGUCUGAAUGACACAAAUGAAUAAACGGUAAAUGUUAUAAAGAUAUUAAUUUAAAAAGAUAUAAAGAUAUUUGCCAGAACAGCAGUGUUAAAAAAUACUUUGACAACUUAAGCCCGUUUUCCAUUUCACCAUUUCGCUCGCCGCCCCGCGCUCGACUAUGUUAAAACAACAUUUCCAGUUCACCUUUUAUACAAUAGUACUCUGAUUUUCCAUUUAACAUACAAGCCUCUAGUCGUGGCUAGGGUACAUUUUGAUUUACGUCGGACAAAGCUGCAGUUCGUUCGGACACCAAUUCACUUGGGUCGGACAAACAAUAAACCUCAGUUUCACUUUGGUCGGACAGAAUGUCCGGUGGUUUCCUCUCUACGUCGGACAAUUUCACGAAUGGGUCGGACAAUGUCCGUGACCGACCGAUAUUUUAAGGCCUGCCAAUAUUGUUUAGGUCCAUUUUUUUAAGUAUUUUAUAAAGCGUAUGCUAUGUAUGUGCUAAGAAGCUAGUUUUGUUGGCAUGUGGAAAGCAAAAGUAGCGAAGGUAAAGAGAUUAAAAUUGGAUUUAGUGCGUAUUUUUGAAAAAAUUUUUACCACAAAAUAUGGUAGUCCCCCCCCCCCGUCGAUGACACUUGUGACGUCAGGUACAUACGGGACUUUGGAGGCGGGUUUUGGCGGGAAAAUCUGUAAUGUUUGGAGAAGACAAGAUGGCGCUGGUUACCUCGUAUUAUAUCAAACGGCAUUUUUGUUCACAAAUACCCGCUUAUUUUACGUUAUAGCGACUGGUUCGUUUUGGAAAUUAUAACUCAAUGGACGGGGAAAAUGAUUCUGUAUUAAAGAGAAAAUGAUGUGCAGUUAUUGUGAUGUUAUUUGUUGUGAAAGACGGCCCGAAAUUUCGCUACUUCGCGGUACUGGUUUAUAAAACAUUUACAAGCAACAGCAAUUGAACUAUAUGACAAAAAAACCAAUGUAUACAAGCCAAUCAAGUUCUUCAGUUUAAAGG